GAGCACUCAGCAGAUUCAUGGCCACCGAAUAAUUCGGGAAAUCUAUUCUUUUCUUCUUUCUCUCCUCUCUUACAAUUUUCUCUUUCCCUUCUUAAUUUCUCUCCUCUGUCGGAUCUCUCGGUUUCCUGAAAUAUUUCAGAGAUAACCUUAAGGUUUACGACCAAUGACAUUUCCUUCAUAUUCCAAAUCCAUUUCUUCUAGUGAAAUCUGCAUCAUCCUUUCUUUCCGACACUCAGAGACGGAGGCGAGCCCUCAAGCUCGUCAAUCAGGGAACUAUCCCUCGCCUAGGACAUCCGAGGUUUUGACACAUGCCGAAGAAACUACGAGUUGUUCCAGCAGGAGACCCUAUUAUUUGUACAUAUCUCCUCCCUCCUAUUCCCCGAUCAGACCAUCCGAAUCUGGAUCACCCCCAGAUUUCAGCGCACUCUUCCCAGAGCGCCAUGACACUAAUCUCCAGAUAUAUCCAGAUUUGCGCACCCAGAAAUCCUUGGACGAGUUCUGCGAACUUCGGACUGCUUCCCUUCCUCCCCUAGACCUCACCAUCGGAAAUCCAACCUCCUCUCCGAAACAACCACACACAGAUAACAAAAUACAAAUUUAAAUAGAUUAACAACGUAAGAUAAAAUUAUCAAAUACAGAUUAAAAAUA